AUGGCCCGGAUCCGGGUGUCCUCCGAGUACUCCGAGGCCGAGGACAAGAGCAUCCGCCUGGGGCUGUUCCUGAUCGCCUGCGGCGUCCUGAGCCUCUUCAUCCUGGGCUUCUGCUGGCUGAGCCCCACGCUGCAGAGUCUGCAGAGCCGGCCGGCCAACUGCACGGUGGUGUCGGUUCUCCGCCCUGAGGAAAUGUUCACCUGCGUCUUCACCUGCGGGUCCGACUGCCGGGGAACCUCCCUGUACCCGUGUCUGCAGGUCUUCGUCAACCUGACCGGGUCUGGAUCUGGGUCUGGGUCUGGAUCCAGGACUGGAUCCGGGUCCAGAUCCCCGGCCCUGCUGCACUUCGACGAGCAGCAGCUGCUGCUCAACCCCAAGUGCUCGUACGUCCCGCCCUGCGAGAGGGACAACCAGAAGAACCGGGACAGCGUCCUGUGGUGGGAGGAUUAUUUUACCAGGGAGGUGAACACUCAGGCCUUCACCUGCUUCUUCAACCAGCAGCGCAGGCCGGACGACGUGCUGUGGCGGCGCUCCCACGACGCUAGCGCGCUGCUGCACUGCGUGCUGUGGCCGGCGGUGUCGCUGCUGCUGGGGACGCUCAUCGUGCUGCUAACGGUGCUAGCCCGCGCGCUAGCCGCCCGCGCCGAGGCGCUGCAGAAGAGGAAGUUCUCCUACGAGGCCUGCCGGGACCCGUCCUCCCCGGACCGUUGCCGCGGCGACGGGGCCGGACCCGGAACCAGGACCAGGAACUCUGAGCUGGACCUGCUAGCGCCGCCGCGGACGCUGCCGCUGUUCGCCGUGCCGGUGCGGCGCCGCGACCGCUAACGCUGAGA